AUGCUCCACACUGGCUUCUCCCGCUUCAUCCAUCCGUCUUCAGCGUUGACGGGGAGUGACAUGUCUGUCCAGGUGCACCUGAAUGACUACCUGGACAUCUACUGCCCCCACUACCCUGAGGAGGAGGAGGAGGACUUUCCCCGGGGCCCCCAGGAGCCCGAGGUGCUGGCCCUGUACCUGGUGGCCGAGAAGGACUUCAGGGGCUGCGUGGAGAGCAAGCGGGCCAUCAAGAGGUGGGAGUGCAACAGCCCCCAUGCGCCCUUCGGCCCAGUGCGCUUCUCUGAGAAGAUCCAACGCUUCACCCCCUUCUCCCUGGGCUUCGAGUUCAUACCCGGGCACCACUACUACUACAGCUCGUUGCCUACAGAUGAAGGCCCCCCCCUGCCCUGUAUGAAGCUACGUGUCACAGUGUGCUGCGAGCCCACGUCAGAGGGAUCCAAACAGCUACAAGAAGCCCCGGGGACGCAAGGCCAUGCAGGUCCACUGGGGAGAGUGUCCCUGUUGCUCCUCCUCUGCGUCUCCCUCCUGCUGGCUGUCUGAACCCCCUGGUUCCCCUCUCCUCCUAACCUCUGCCCAUGUCUGUGUGGAGGAAGCAGAGCUACGGCACAGACAGACACCAGGCACAAUGCCGUCCGUGCUGAGCUAUGGUGAACCCACACGUCUUACGGGACGCCAGGACAACUGGGCUGGGGAGGGCUUGUGUCCCCCUGUGGAGGGGUGACUACUCAGGGAGCUGUGCUCAACCGUUGGGGGAACUCUGGAGGUUAUUUAGCUGUUCCCUUAUCCCCUGCCAUGAGUCUGGUCUUCACAGGUUCAAGCAGACUCAAAAACAUGAAUGGGUUUUUACGUCCCUGUACUCGUGUGAAGACAAGACUUUUCUUUUCCAAAAAGGGGUUUAAUAAUUAGUCUUUAAUGUGCUAUUCCUUUCCUUGCCUGAACCAGUCUUUAGUAGUGUUCCCUCAGAGUGCCGCCCUGUAGCAGACCCGUCCUACCGAAUACCACAUCCCACAUCCAGGCCCCUCACGAGACACUCAGUGAUAUGAUUUGUCUGCCCUCCGUCCCUCCCUGGACCUGAUGUACGGAUGUCUGGCCGCACACUAAGUUUAUAGCUGACUAUAAACUGAUGAAAUCACAUCCAAGAUGGGACUGGUGAGAAUAAUCAAAAUACGAAAUUAUGAUUAUUCUGUAAUUUAUGGAAAACCAAAACAUGUAGCGUGGGGUGCAGGGCUGUUGCGCCCCCUACUGGGAUUAAACUGGUCUCACUGGGAGCUGCCUGGGUUGGCCCAUGCAGAAAAUGGACACUACAACGACUUGCUCCUGUUAGUGGUUGGUCAGGGAGCUAAGAGCCUGGACCCAGGGCCCGGCUGGGGGUAGUUUGACUGGGGGCCCAGUGUGCUGCUUCACCAUCCGUUCCGUCUUCUGGGGGUUAAUGAGGGGUCUUGGCGGGUCGGGGGGCCGUGGCCCGGCUCACUGUGUACAGACAGCCGUAGUUUCAUCGUGUUAACGUGCCUACCAACCAACCAGGUGUUAUGCACCAUAUUUGAGAAUGUCUACUGAGCACUUAAUCACACAAUAACUUUUUAAAUAAUAAACCAAAACGAGAUGGAUGUAUUUUCUUACAUGCAAGAUAUUUUAAUAUAAGGUUUCCUGCUUUAGAACUAUCUGGAAUCUUAAAAUUGUGAGGAAUUUUUUUUGCUGGUGUAUAAUUAGUAGGCCUGUGUGGUAGAUAUUGGAUGACCAUGAAUUAUUGCAGAAAUCAAGUUUUUUUUGUGUUUUUGGAUAUUUUGGAUACAUUGUCCAUGUUGAUGUGUUUCUGAUUUAGUUUGGUUGAUAGAGUAUCCUACAUCAUUUAGUUUUUUUGUUAUUUUUAAGUUUCAAAUUCCAGAAUGUUCUUUUCCAAAUAAGAAAGGUCAUACAAUUUAGCUUUUUCUUAUAUAUGCAAAUAGGCACAAUAACAUUUGUAAUACAUGUCAUUUGAGAAAUCCUUAAUGCACACAUAUUGACUUGAUAUGUCACAUUUAUUGGCAUGAAAUGUUAUUUAAGUUGGUUUAAAAAAGUGUGAUGAUUUAACUCAAUGAUGUAUGAAUUAUUCUAAAUAGGAUUUAAAUGUUAGAAACUAUAGAACCUUGUUCAGCUUUUUUUAAUUUUACAUGACUCUCCCAGUUCACCUGACACUAUGUCUUCCUUCUGUGUCAUUUACAUUUGUUUGGUUUCACAUUGUAGUGAAAAAUGAUGCAUCUUCUAUGAAGAUUCAAGCCAAUCUGAGCCAUUGUUUUAUACAUGGCCUGUCAAAGCAAAAUAAAUGAU